UGCACACGUUCGUUCACCUCUAGGUGGUGGUAAUGCAACGUAUCGCUCAUAGCCCAUCAGACGAAGUAGAGUUGAUGCGUCGUUGUCAUGGAGAUUCAAAAAACAACACGUAAAAUGUGUUACAUUUUCCCAAAUGGAGACAAAUAUGAAGGAGAGUGCUGUCGUACGUCAAAUGGUGUGGUGAUGAGAAAAGGUUUUGGCACACAAACAUCAGUUUCUGGAGUGACAUACACAGGGGAAUGGGACAAUGAUAUGAUGAAUGGCAGUGGAACUCUUACGCAUCCAUCAGGAUCAAUUUACACUGGCCUGUUUAGAGACAACAUGUAUCAUGGACAAGGAAUUUACAAAUUUCCAGAUGGGACAGAAUACAACGGAACCUUUAACAAUAAUAGAUUACAGGGUGAUGGAGAGUUCACAGAUUUACAAGGACUUGUAUGGACUGGAUCGUUCCACAACAAAGCAGCACUAGGACUGAAACUUAAAGUCAACAUGCAAUAAAACCAUGGAUAGUGAUCUUGAAUGGAACACAAUAUUACAUUAACACAGCAAGCAGCCCAGCGGCAUAGACGUGAUCUGUUACAGGGAUGAGAUAAGUCUCAGCUGAACACGGUAAACAACAAGAACACAUGUUCAUGCACACAACACCUCAGAAAGAAUCAGGACUUUGUUUCGUGGCUGUAGUGGAGAGGAAUGUGAUCUUCUCCGAACUGCACAUUUCCCCUUCAUUCAUUGCUGGAGUGUUUCUCCAAAAUACACAAGCAUGUGCAAGCAGCUUAGCUCAUGACCGCGAAGUCAGGGGUUGGGUGGGACCGUGAAGAUCAAUUUCCUGUUCUCUGAGGUGCAAACGUGUUUAUGUGGAUCAGUACUGCUCAUGAAGUUCAAACGCCUGAAAGUUUGCCUAUACGUUAUAACAACUUCAGGAGAGUGGUUGAGCAAAAGUUCUGCGGUUACUCUUGUGCUUUAUUAAAACUUUGUCAAUGUAAUGAAACCUCUUGUUG